GUUUGCUUUUUUUCUCUUUUGGAAGACUCGUUCUUUGCUCAGUGUCUUUGAGGAAGAUGCAGGAACCCUCACUGAAUACACAAACCAGUUGCUUCAAGCAAUGCAGCGAGUCUACGGUGCUCAGAAUGAAAUGUGUCUUGCCACACAGCAGCUUUCGAAGCAGCUCCUUGCCUACGAGAAGCAGCAUUUUGCCUUAGGAAAAGGAGAUGAAGAAGUGAUAUCCACCCUUCAUUACUUUUCCAAAGUUGUGGAUGAGCUCAACGUUCUCCAUUCCGAAUUAGCAAAACAGCUUGCAGACACAAUGAUCCUCCCAAUCAUACAAUUUCGGGAGAAGGAUCUCACAGAAGUAAGCACGUUGAAGGAUCUUUUUGGCCUUGCCAGCACUGAACAUGACGUGUCCAUGGCAAAGUAUAGCAGGUUACCGAAAAGGAAAGAAAAUGAAAAGCAUAAGGCAGAAGUGGCAAAAGAAGUGGCGAAUGCAAGGAGAAAGCAGCAUCUUUCAUCUCUGCAAUAUUACUGUGCCCUGAAUGCUCUGCAGUACAGGAAGAGAGUGGCAAUGAUGGAACCUAUGCUAGGAUAUACACGAGGACAGAUCAACUUCUUUAAGAAAGGAGCGGAGAUGUUUUCCAAAAGAUUGGACAGCUUUUUGACAUCUGUUUCAGACAUGGUUCAGAGCAUACAGGGAGAGUUGGAUGCUGAAGCUGAAAAAAUGAGGAUAUCCCAGCAGGACUUAAUUUCAGUUAAUGAGUCUGUUUACACUCCAGACUCUGAUGUAACUUCACCUGCUAUCAAUAGGAAUCUCAUCCAGAAGGCUGGCUACCUUAAUCUUAGAAAUAAAACAGGGCUGGUGACUACAACUUGGGAAAGACUGUACUUCUUCACCCAAGGUGGCAACUUGAUGUGUCAGCCGAGGGGAGCAGUAGCUGGAGGAUUGAUUCAGGACCUGGACAACUGCUCUGUUAUGGCUGUGGACUGCGAAGACAGAAGAUACUGCUUUCAGAUCACUACUCCUACAGGCAAAACGGGUAUAACUCUUCAAGCAGAAAGCAGGAAGGAAUACGAGGAGUGGAUAUGUGCCAUCAACAACAUUUCCAGACAGAUCUAUCUCACCGACAAUCCAGAGGCAGCCGCAAUCAAGUUAAAUCAGACAGCCCUACAGGCAGUGACUCCCAUUACUAGCUUUGCAAAAAAACAUGAAGCUCACCAUCCCAGCCAGAAUGUAAAGAAUACAGAUAAUGGUAAAACAACUCCCAGUGAAUCAGUUGGCAUUCAGGACUCCACGCAACUUAUUGCUCUUGGAACACCAAUUCAGUUUGAUAUUGUACUGCCUGCCACAGAAUUCCUGGACCAGAACAGAGGUGGCAGGCGUGCAAAUCCAUUUGGGGAGUCUGAAGACGGUAGCAAAGAUGAGGAGGAAGAUUCACUCUUGCAGCAGAUGUUCGUCGUUCGGUUUUUAGGAUCCAUGGCUGUUCAGUCAGACAACACAAGCGAGGUGAUUUAUGAAGCCAUGAGACAAGUGUUAGCUGCUCGUGCGAUCCAUAACAUAUUCCGUAUGACUGAGUCUCAUCUCAUGGUCACCAGCAAGAACCUGAGAUUAAUAGAUCCUCAAACGCAAGUUACACGAGCCAGUUUUGAACUUGCCACUGUGACUCAGUUUGCUGCUCAUCAGGAUAACAAGAGACUGAUUGGUUUUGUGGUCCACCUCCGUGAGAUCCCAGGAGAAGAAUCCAUGAGUGCAUAUGUUUUUGAGAGCAACACAGAAGGAGAAAAGAUCUGCUAUGCCAUUAGCUUGGGAAAAGAAAUUGCAGAGGCCCAGAAGGUAAGCAUAGUGAUUCCUCACAGACCUGCUUGUUUUGCUGCAUGUUUUUCUGCUUUUUCCACUCAUUACUGUUUCACUUCUAAGUUAGAACUCCCAUUCUUUUCUCCUUUAGGGAGGGAAAAAAAAAUAAUGAAGGUUUUCCAUUUAGAAUAAAUGCCAAUGUUACCCAGCCUGUUGUAUGAACACAUUCAUGUAAAGAUGUGACACCACUGCAGUAGGGUUUCCUGCAUGUUUUCACCACUGCAACUAUAGAACAAGUUGUGGGAAUGAGCUUUUAGUCACGUUGCAGUAAGCACACUAAAUAAGAACUGGGUUUUUUAAUUUUUUUUCUCCUUGUUUGUCAGUAAUUAUAGCAGUGGCAGGUAAGAAAAGCAUAAGGCUCAAAAUAAUGACAUUUUUACUUACCUAAGAGUUGUUCUGCUGAAACGGAUUAUGUUUCAAAACCUUAAGCCAGAAUUAUUCCCAUUAAAACCUUUAGGUUAAAUCUUGUCAAAAGGA